CCGCCGCUCUCUCGCUCGCUCUCUCCGCGGCGCUCUGAGGUGGUGUGGGGCGCAAAGCCCCCCCCCCCCCCCGGCCCGGGUGAGGCGCGGGCGGCGGGAUGCGGCGGCGGCCGUGGCGGAGUCGCGGUCCGGGCGGACAGGCGCGGUGAUGAGCGUAGGCAGCUACCGCCAUGUCCAAGGUAACGGCGCCCGGGCCCGGGCCGCCGGUGGCGGCGGGCGGGAAGGAGAAGCGCUCGUUCAGCAAGCGGCUGUUCCGGAGCGGCCGCGCCGGGGGCGGCGGCGGCGCUGGGGGCCCCGGGCCUGCCGCGCCCUCGUCGCCGUCGUCGGCGCGCUCGGUGGGCAGCUUCAUGAGCCGCGUCCUCAAGACGCUGUCCACGCUUUCGCACCUCAGCUCCGAGGGCGCCGCCCCGGACCGCGGCGGCCUCCGCAGCUGCUUCCCGCCCGGGCCGGCCUCCGCGCCGACGCCGCCGCCGUGCCCGCCGCCGCCCGCCUCGCCCGCGCCUCCCGCCUGCGCUUCGGAGCCGGUGCCCGGCGUGGCGGGGCUCCGCAACCACGGCAACACGUGCUUCAUGAACGCCACGCUGCAGUGCCUCAGCAACACCGAGCUCUUCGCCGAGUACCUGGCCCUGGGCCAGUACCGGGUGGGCCGGCCGGAGCCCUCGCCUGAGCCAGAGCAGCCGGCGGGUCGCGGCCCGCACGGCCAGGGUGAGGUCACCGAGCAGCUGGCGCACCUGGUGCGGGCGCUCUGGACGCUGGAGUACACCCCGCAGCACAGCCGAGACUUCAAGAGUAUCGUAUCAAAGAAUGCUCUGCAGUAUCGAGGAAAUUCCCAGCAUGAUGCCCAGGAGUUUCUGCUAUGGCUUUUGGAUCGAGUUCAUGAAGACCUUAAUCAUGCUGUGAAACAGAGUGGCCAGCCCCCUUUGAAGCCACCAUCAGAGACUGAUAUGAUGCCUGAGGGACCAUCUUUUCCUGUCUGUAGCACUUUUGUACAAGAACUCUUUCAAGCCCAGUAUAGAUCUUCUUUGACAUGUCCUCAUUGUCAGAAACAAAGCAACACUUUUGACCCUUUCCUCUGCAUUUCUUUGCCAAUUCCACUACCCCACACAAGGCCUCUCUAUGUCACUGUAGUGUAUCAAGGGAAAUGUUCCCACUGCAUGAGGAUUGGUGUGGCUGUGCCUCUGUCUGGGACUGUUGCCAGACUUCGGGAAGCUGUGUCUAUGGAGACAAAGAUCCCCACUGAUCAGAUUGUGUUAACGGAAAUGUACUAUGAUGGGUUCCAUCGUUCCUUUAGUGACACAGAUGACCUGGAGACAGUUCAUGAAAGUGAUUGCAUUUUUGCCUUUGAGACUCCAGAAAUAUUUAGGCCUGAAGGAAUUCUCAGUCAAAGAGGCAUUCACUUAAACAACAAUUUAAACCACUUGAAAUUUGGCUUGGAUCACCACAGACUGUCUUCCCUACCAUCAACAGCAGCAAAACCAGGGAAAGUGGACUUGCCCACCAGAGUGGCAAGCGACAAGAUUGUUCUGCUUGUGUGUAACCGGGCCUGUACUGGGCAGCAAGGGAAAAGAUUUGGAUUGCCUUUUGUCCUGCACCUAGAGAAGACAGUAGCAUGGGACCUUCUGCAGAAGGAGAUCUUGGAGAAGAUGAAAUAUUUCUUGAGGCCUACUGUCAGCAUCCAGGUGUGUCCGUUCAGUUUGCGUGUGGUCAGUGUUGUGGGAAUAACUUACUUGCUGCCUCAGGAAGAACAGCCCUUGUGCCACCCAACAGUAGAAAGGGCAUUAAAGUCCUGUGGACCAGGUGGCACAGCUCAUGUGAAACUGGUAGUAGAAUGGGACAAGGAGACAAAAGAUUUCUUGUUUGUAAACACUGAAGAUGAGUAUAUCCCUGAUGCAGAGAGUGUCCGACUGCAGAAGGAGCAUCAUCAUCAGCCACAAACCUGCACUUUAUCCCAGUGUUUCCAACUCUACACCAAAGAAGAACGGCUUGCUCCAGAUGAUGCAUGGCGGUGCCCACACUGCAAGCAGCUGCAACAGGGGAGCAUCACAUUAAGCCUGUGGACUCUGCCUGAUGUGCUUAUUAUACACCUUAAGAGAUUCCGCCAGGAAGGAGACAGGCGUAUGAAACUUCAGAACAUGGUCAAGUUCCCCUUAACUGGCCUGGACAUGACACCUCAUGUGGUUAAGAGAAGCCAGAGCAGCUGGAGCUUGCCAUCUCAUUGGUCCCCAUGGAGACGGCCCUAUGGACUCGGGAGGGACCCUGAGGACUACAUCUAUGACCUGUAUGCUGUGUGCAAUCAUCAUGGCACCAUGCAAGGGGGGCACUACACAGCAUACUGUAAGAACUCCGUGGACGGUCUCUGGUAUUGCUUCGAUGACAGUGAUGUACAGCAGCUGUCAGAAGAUGAGGUGUGCACACAGACAGCUUACAUACUUUUCUACCAGAGGCGGACAGCCAUCCCGUCUUGGUCGGCCAAUAGCUCAGUGGCAGGUUCCACAAGUUCUUCUCUGUGUGAACACUGGGUGAGCCGGCUCCCAGGGAGCAAGCAAGCCAGCGUGACCUCUGCAGCUUCCUCCAGACGUACCUCGUUGGCCUCACUCUCUGAGUCUGUGGAGAUGACAGGGGAAAGGAGUGAAGAUGAUGGAGGCUUUUCUACUCGACCAUUCGUGAGAAGUGUGCAGCGUCAGAGCCUGUCAUCCAGAUCUUCUGUCACCAGCCCCUUGGCCGUCAAUGAAAAUUGCAUGCGACCUUCUUGGUCCCUGUCUGCCAAGCUACAGAUGCGCUCCAGUUCUCCUUCCCGCUUCUCAGGGGACUCCCCGAUCCAUGGAUCUGCCUCCACUCUUGAAAGGAUUGGGGAGGCAGGUGAUGACAAAGUCUCUAUUUCAUGCUUCGGUAGUCUACGGAACCUUUCUGGUAGCCACCAGGAAUCAAGUGACAGUCACAGAAGAGAGCACAAGGCUAUGGGCCGGGCCCCACUGGCUGUCAUGGAAGGUGUAUUCAAAGAUGAGUCAGACUCUCGAAAAUUGAACUCCAGUGUUGUAGACACACCAAGCAAAAAUCUAGCACAAGGGGAUUGCUUGGCCCCCGUCUCUGAUCCUUUUGAUAAUAAUAACCAGAUUGCUUAUGUGGAUCAGAGUGAUUCUGUUGACAGCUCUCCAGUCAAAGAGGUAAAACCUUCAAGCCACUCAGACUCCCUCACAAAGAAGCCAGAGAGCACAACCAAGAGAUCCCCUAGUUCCAAAGGCACUUCUGAGCCAGAGAAGAGCAUGCGGAAGGGGAGGCCAGCUUUGGCCAGCCAGGAAUCUUCUCUUUCAAGCCCAUCCCCUUCUUCACCUGUUCCUAUGAAGGUUUCCAUGAAACCUGCCCACUGUCGGAGCAAAGCAGAUUCUUCCAGGGCCAGUGGAAGACAUUCGUCGCCUGCCUCUACCCAACCCAAAAAAGAGUCAUCCCCAAAGUCCCAGGAAUCCAUGUCCUCUCCUUCACCACAGAAGCAAAAGUCUGCUUCUGCCUUCACUUAUUCCUCUUCCUCCAUAUCUGCCAAAAAAGCCUCAGGCCCUGCCACCAGGGGCUCCUUCCCUUCUGGGAAGAGCAGGACUUCUGACCGGAGCUUGAGUAGAGAGGGUUCUAGACAAAGCUUAGGUUCUGACAGAGCCAGUGUCACCUCCACCUCCACCUCCAAACCCAGUUCCCCUCGAGUGAAUCAGGCCAGAGCAGGAGACAGCAGAGUUGAUGGCAAACACGUUCGGAGCUCCUCCAUGGCCAGUCUGCGCUCACCUAGCACAAGUGUGCGCUCUGGGUUGAAGAGAGACAGCAAGUCUGAGGACAAGGGGCUGUCCUUCUUUAAGUCGGCGUUGAGACAGAAAGAAACCCGGCGGUCUACUGAUCUUGGCAAGACAACCUUGCUGUCCAAAAAGGCUGGUGGGAACCCUGUCAAGUCAGUCAGUAAGAACACAACAGAUGACAAGGCAGAGAAAGGCCAUCAGACCCCAGGCUCACAGCAGCCAAACACAAAUGCAGUUGGAAAAGAACAGCUUGUCUCCAAGGACCCUGCUUCUGCUAAACAUUCCUUGCUAUCUGCUCGCAGAUCCAAGUCUUCCCAGCUAGAUUCUGGAGUUCCCUUGUCUCCCAGUAGCAGGCUGGCCAGCGAGAAAGGCUCCAAAAAGCUAUCGUCUAGCAUGCAAACCUCUGCACGGCCUUCUCAAAAACCUCAGUGAUCUUCUGCAAUCCGGGUGUUUUAUCUGUACAGAUGUUUAUUUAUUUAGAACUCUUCCCUUCCCACUAAAGCCCUCUAUGAUUUUAUUUUGUAUUUUUUGGGGGGUCAUGUGCCUGACUGUGUGAGAGAGUAUGAGUAUGUGUGUGUGUGUGUGUGUGUGGAAUUCAAAUUGUUAAAAGUGUCGCCUUAUUCUACCAUUGAACCAAAUAACAGCCAUAGGCAAAGCAUUGAUACCAAGCUAACUGGAAUAACUGUAGAAAAUAAUCUAGAUAGUCCUUUUAGCAAUUGUACCUAUUUCUUUUUAGAGAACGCUAAUGACUUGUGUUGGACACUAGGGUUUGGAAACUUAUGAACCAAUUAAGUUAUCAGUGUGUAGACAGAUGAACUGUUUGACUUGGGUUUCAUCUGAGCAGAAUUUAUCUUCGUAUAGAUUGUUGAGUGGCAUCAAGAACUUAAGAAACAAACAAAAAACAAAAACUGUGACGCUAACAACAAAAUAAACUGAGGGAAAACUUGCUUUCUGCACUUUGGCCCCACCUCCCAGUUUUUGUAAAGGCAAUAUCUUAACACUAAUGUUUCUCAGGUAUAUAUACUCAGCUAGUCUAGGGUUGAUGCACAUUACUAAUAAAUGGGCUCAAGAGGAAGGUAACAUGGGGGGAGGUGGUAACUGUGUCCUUUCUCCUACUGCCACAGGUAGAGGUUUCAGAAAUAGACAUAAACUCUUUUGCUACCUUCAUAUCUGCAGUGAUAUGCAUAUCCUCGCCUGUCUUGAUUCCUUGGAUAUGUUCUAAGAUUGUGUAAGUUUUGGAUAGUCAGAAAGCCAGUCACUAAUUUUUUUUUUCUAAAUUUGCUCUCUGAGGCUAUUGGAAUUAUGAAUUGUAGCAGAGCAGUUAAUGCCUUUGAAAGAUUCCCAGAAAAAAAUUCUAUUCCAAGCUGGAAGCCUGAGUUGAUAGCAUUUUCUUCCCUGAUGCGGCUUUUUUUCUGUCAGAUAUUGAGGAUCUCAUCCCACCUCUUGUGUGCAUGCUUACUGCCUUGUCUUGUUGCUUGGAAAAGAAAGAAGUUGCCUCCUACCCAGAGUCACUGACGAUGGUGUGUUGACAUGAUGUGAGACAAAGCAUUACAUGUGCACUUUGGAUCCUUCCCAUCAGUCCUCCUUUUGACUGCUUUUCAGGAAGUCUUAUGUCUGCUCUGUUCUGAAGAGUUUAUCUCAGACCUAGAACUCAGCAGAGUCUGGCAUACGUUCGUUCCCUCUGGCUCGUAGUUGCAAAUUGCAUUAUUAUAUAUGAAGAGGGGAACCUCACUGAAUUUUCACAGGCAAAACACAGUUUUCCAAACCUUGGUGAAAUUGCUUGGAAAUACUUUCCAGCCCAGUUUUUUAGUAUCUUCUUUUUUUUCUAAUAUCAAGAGAAUCAUGGUCUUGAUCUUAGAGUAACAUUUGUCACUUUGUCAUUAAAUACAGCAUGUUGAGUUUAUGUGUUACUAAAUACUAAGGCUCAUGGUUCCCAGGUCCAUACAAACUCCCUUUUGAGUAUUUCUGUGAAACGACUGCAGUGCACAGGUGCAUGCAGUUUUGGUUUCUGCACUGUCCUUUUGUUCUUUUUUGUUUUGUUUAUUUUAUGAAUACUUAUUGGGAAGUAUUUCCAGUAGGUUACUUAAGUUUAUUUUGCUGCUAAUGUGGACAUUAGCUGGUAGCUUGCAGGGUCAGGGUGGCUGGGAUUUUCAGCCCUUUUGUGGUAUUUGAGGCUUAGAUGUUCAGCCUCAUGCACAUUACCACAGUGCUCCACAAAGUCCAGUGUGUGUGAGCCAGUGUCCACUGCACUCAGUCCUGUAUUGGCUGCUUCUGUGUCCCCCCUUGUGGCUCCCCAAAGCAUUGAGGCUCUCUGCUCUGCCUUGGUGUGACUGAGGUGACAGCUGCCUUUGCAUGUCAUCAUUGUUCAGUGGCACAAGGUCAGCCCCAUCACUGUUUAGCCACUAAUCUUAUUUUCUUUUAUUGUUUUUAUUUUCUGAAAAAGCACCAAAUAUGAGGCCAUCAGAAUCAGGAAUUGAGCAUUUGUGUGAUUUGAGCCUCUGAAACAGUCUUAGAAUGAGAGUGUGAUAAGACAAAGGACUUUAAUAACAAGCUGUUUUGCCAUAAUUAAGAUGAAUAGAAACUAGUUUAAUUUUCACAAUACUACAAAGUUUUAUUCUUGAAUGCAGUAGGAAUGGAUCCUUCCUCCCACAUGUAUCAUGUUUUCUUAAAAAAAAAAAAAAAGAAAGUAAAGAAAACCAGAAAAAUCCUGUACAAGUCUCUUUACUUUUCCAUGGGAUCUAGAAAUACAAUUUCUUUAAUAUAAUAAAAUCAAAUAGCCAUAUGUAUAUGGAGUUUAGUCCUUAUUUCAUGUUUAAUUUAAUAGAAAAUAUCAGGAUGUAUUGCGGCAUUGUCUAGGCUAUGAAGCUGUCGUGCUUGUGAGGUUGAGACACAAUGAAAUCUAAUUCCUGACUUCUGGGGUGUGUCUAAGACCCAAGAAAAGCUGCUUUGAAGGUGUUGUCUGAAGUGAAAUAGCUGACAAGAGCAUUGUCACUGGGCUCAUUCAGUCUGUAGCAGGGUUAGGGACUUGGUUAUUAUAGUCUUUUCCCAGUGAUUUGGAUACAGUGAUCAUAUGUGUGCUUUGGGGUCAAAAUCACCUGCUCAGAUGGUAGACCUGAGUUUCUGCUUGGCAGAUCAUCGAGCCUGGUUAGGGCAGUCAGCUCCAGCAGACACACAGCACCAACCAACAGAGUGAUACGUUGGUAGUAUUCUUAUUUAUCUAUCUAUUUUGGUGUUAAAUAAAACUCCAUUUUAUCCUUGUUCUCUUUUCCUGUAAACAUUCUGUGCAUGAGGCUACACAUUGCUUAGGUCAGUCUUCCACCUUGCCUUCAUGACUCCUCAGUGCUCAGCGUCACUUAAGAUCCUUGUAUUUUCUUAUGUCUGAGAGUAAAUAGUGCCAUGCCAGAUCAAUAGAGCAAUAUGGGAUAUCUGUGCUAUGCCACAGUUGUGCAGAGAUCUGAGGUUGCCUUGAACACAUGUAAUUCUUCUUUAAUCAUUCAUUCAUUCAAUUCAUUUGAACCUGCUUUGCAUAUAGAGGCAAAUGGAAAGCUUCAGCAGUCUGCUGUAGUUGAGGGGUCCUGGGAGACACCAGAGCAAAUGGCCUGCCAUGGAGUGAUAGUCUUCAGCAGAAACACCCAAAUGGGUUCUGGUCAGCAGAGGCCUGAGGUUCUCUUGAGUUUUUAUCUGGAAAGCAAAAGUGCCCUUGUUGAUCUCUGGCCACUAGUUCAGGCUGAGUGUCUGUACUGUGUAUCAGUUAAAAUCUAGUACCUAGUCACUUUGCAUUAGAAUCAUCCCUCUGUAUGAGAUGGCUAUGAAGGCUAUUGAGGGAUGGGGUGCAUUGUCACUCCUCUCACUAUAAUAAAACAAAAAGGAAUGGUGUGUUAUGGGAGCAGUAGUGGCAGCUUAAGGGCAUAUGGACUAAAGAGUCGUGAACAAAGUUCAUUUCGGUUAAAGCCUCUAAGUAGAUGGACACAUGGCAUCAUGUUUCAUUUUGAUAGAUUACUAAAUAGCUGAAGUUACAGUUUCCUGUAUAGACUGUCAUUGAAUACAAAUGUAAUUAGUGUCCUGGAUUGGACUUUUGAACUAGGAUGAAAAUAAAAGCACAGUUUCAAUAAAAUACAGUUUGGAGGUGCAUUGAUACUUACUUUUAGGGUUGAGAAGGGCAAAAUUUGCUGACAGACCAGUGCCUACCAUAAAUACAAGUUAGCUGCUAGUACACAAGCUACUCUUGCUUUAGUUUUAUAAAGGGUUCAUUGCUGUUCAACUGACUGCACCUUUCAGAUGGGACAUAAUGCUUUUUAUUUCCCACCUGAAAUGUUCUUUCAAUGUUCGGUGUCCCAUGCUGCCUUUUGACGAGACCCCAAAUUUUUUUUUGCAGCUGCCUUUUGAGCAUGACCCCCAAGUAAAAACAGCAGUUUUGCAUGCUCUCCAUCUAACCCAGAAAGCAUGUUCAUACUACCUAUGCAAGCAACCUAUUAAAAAGCAUACAGAGAAACUACACCAAACGUUGGGUUUUAAAAAAAGAAAAACAGACAACUCAGAUUCUGGAACUCUAUUUUUGAAUUUGUAAUUUUUAAAAUGUGGCUUAGUCAUCAGUUUAGAUGAGCAUGAAUGUGAAUUUUAGUUUGCUUUGUGUCUUUCUCUGUCAAUCUUUUUUAUCAUUGGUGAGAUUGUGUAUAUAAUAGUAUUUUGCAAGCAGGAGUGGAUUGGGUAUGUUGAACAUACACUGUUGUAUAUUCUGUAUUUAGCCUGAAGACUUUCCUAAAGUAUUUUGUUCUAAGAAAUAACCUGCCAUUUUCUAUAGAUUUUAAUUUUUUAUAUCUUCUCGUAUCCUUCAUGACAAGGAGAGAUAUGGCUUCACAUAGUGCUAACAAUUUUUAAAUGCUUCUGAAGAGACUUGGAGCUAUUUAGGAAGGUUCUGGGGCUUCCCAACCACCGUUCUCUGUAAAAUUAAGGGUGCCGCAUGUAUGAAAGUGUUAUAUAAUGGAUUCAGGUCUAGAUCCAUCUCACAUUCAUUUAAAACCAUUGUCUCCCGUGGGACACGGACAGGGACAGGGACAGGGAGGCUCAUAUUGUAUAUGAGAGGUGUCUUCGAAUCUCAUAUACACAUUGCCUCUUCUGGGUGAGUCACCUGAGGAUACUAGGAUCAUCAAGGGACUUGGAAUGUCUGGGCCUCUCCCAGACUCUUGGUGUCAAUUAGCACUGUUGGGUCCUGUGACUUUCUGUUUAGUUUCAGUCAGAAUUAAGAAGGAUGUGGUAUACCAUCUCUUUGCCAAUAACUUAGGGCAAGAAUCAUCACUGCCAUGCAAAGUACUCAGGAGGAAUUCCAGUUGUGUUGGACAAGAAAAUUAAAAGAAGGUGUCAAUCCCCUGCUUGAAAUUCAGGGGACACAGUGUUCUGACUUCAAGGCCUGAUUUGGACCUAUGAAACAUUUUAUGGAUGGCAUAUCACUUGCCAGUCUGGCAAUUGUUCUUACUUCCUGGUGGCAGGCAGAGUGCCCCCAAGGGUUCCAAAUUCAUUCCCAAAGCCUCUCUCCAGAUCCUAUUGUGGGCUGAGACCCGUGUAGGAGGGAAGUCACUCCAGAUUAUAAAAUGUGGCAGAAGACAAUAGAAAGCACCUGUCUAGCCUUGCAAACCCUGUUCUGCUUUUGACAGCAAGGUUGCAAGCUACAGGCUGCAGUGGGCCCCCCUGCUCAGAUUGUACUCCACUCUAGAUCUUUCCAACUCAGAAUGGAGCAUUAGGAGUCCUUUUAAGUUUAAAAACAAAUGUAAAACAUUUUAUUUGUAUUUUAGAGCUCUCAUUGCUAUUUUUUCAUGUAAUUAACAACAACAACAAAAAUCAAUUCUUAUCCAGGAGUUUGGCGGUAUGUGUUACCUACAGAGGCACAUGAAGUUUGGUUUUAAUCUGUGGUGAGCUGGGUGCACUAUACCAUCUUCAAAAUAAUUACUGUGUUGUGUGACCUCAUCCCUUCGAGCAUCAGGCUGCCUACAAAAAGGGAAAUGAAACAGUUUAUCUGACACGGUCCAUAUUUUCAGGAGUAAGGAAUCAGGAGAAAUCAGAGCUGGAACAGCUUUGGCACAGCCUCCCAGAGUCGAGCUCUCUGCUGCUGUGAACAUGCAGCAUGAACUUUCCUAGGUGCUAUUCCAGACUGGGGGACUGUGUUUCUGCACUUGCGGUUCUGUGGUCUUUCCGGUAGGCAUUUAUGUUCUGUGUAGGUCUGCCCACCGACUGUGCCUCUCACCACUGGUUAAAAUGGAAUUCAGGCCCCCUUACCAAAAUGGUUUCUUGGUUUUCUUGUGUAUUUACAGCGGCGUUUAUUUCUCUAGGUGUCUUAAAAGCUGCAUGUCAUAUCACUGUACACAAAAUGCUUUGGUGUCAUUCGCAAGCCAAUAAUGAACUCUAUAUAAAUUGUUCAGUGAAAGGAUGGCAGAGUAUCUAUCCUGCAGGCUGGAAGAAAGUGUAUCCUACAUUUUAAAUUAUUUUAGGCCAAGUGCAUGAGGUGUGUCACUGCCUUCUGUUAUUUAUUUGUAUAUUUUACUAUUCCAAGUGUAUGCACUUUUAAGAAGCAGAAUUUAUAUUUUUAUGUUUAAAACAUUUUAUUUCUGAGACAGCAGUUGGGUAUAUAGUAUACAAUUGGAAUUAAGAGAAAACUGGAAAAUGUAACAAAACAUAAUAAAUUUAUUACACAA